AUGCCAUCUAGCAUUUCUCUAGAUAAAGUGGAACUAAGUUCAGUAUCUACGGAUAUAAAUGCUAAUAAUGUAAGUGAACAGUGUAAUCCUAAACAUAUUGCUGUUUCUUCACUUAAUGAUCAUGAGUCUGAAAGUGCUACUGUGGAUGACAACGCCUCAUACAAUUCUUUGUCGCUUACUACAUCUCUCUCAUCAAAUUCAUCAUCACCGUUAUAUUCUCACGCACACAAUAAUACUAGUGAUUUAGCUUUUAUCUCUAAUGAUAUUAGUUUUAUGAUUAAUGAAUUUGAAAUUCCUAUUGUAAAAAAAGAUUUAUAUCACCCACCAUUAUUAAUUAAGCUUAAAUUUGUUAAUGAUUUACCUGUUGAAAUUGUAAAUAUUCCACAAUUCAAUUUUGAAUUUGGUGAUUUUUCUUCGUUAAAUAGUUACUUGUCUCUAUUUGACUGGCAUGAAAUUUUAAAUGACAAGCUUUGUUUAAAAAAGUGUAAUAAGUCUCGGCAUCCACCUUGGUAUAAUAAGAGGCUUCUUUCUUUGAAAAAUGCGAAGAAUAAUGCUUAUAGAAAAUUUAAGCGCAGCUCGCUUUCAGCAGCUUCUGAUAUUCAAUCAACAUGUAAUUUGUUCGCUAAAUACUUUGAAUCUGUUUAUGAAAAAUCUAAUAUUUCUCAGUCACUGGAUUAUAAUGGCGAUGUUCAUCAGGUUCUAGAUUUAGGAUAUUUGCAAUUGACUUACGGUGACGUUUAUGAUAAGAUUUCCCAAUCUGAUCAUAACAUAAGCACAGGUCCAGAUGGGAUUCCAAAUUCUGUACUAAAAAAUUGUAUAUCCAGUAUAUCUGAACCUUUAUUAAUAAUUUUUAAUAGGUCUUUGAAAGAAGCCAAGGAAUUUAUUUCACCAAAUCAACAUGGUUUUGUCAAAGGUAGAUCAACCAGUUCUAAUUUAUCAAUUUUUUUGAACUCAGUCUACAAUGCAGUGGAACGUGCUUUCCAGGUGGACGCUAUUUUCACUGAUAUAUCUAAGGCUUUUGAUAAAGUAGAUCAUUUUAAACUUCUUUCUAAGCUGCAAGCACUAGGUUUUCAUGGUACAACUUUGAAGUGGAUACGUUCUUAUUUAUUAGAGCGCAAAAUUUCUGUUAAAAUCUCCAGUUGUGAAUCUUAUUCAUUUCUAGCUACCUCUGGAUUUCGUCAAGGAACGCAUUUGGGUCCUCUGCUCUUUCUUUUAUUCACAAAUGAUUGUGCUUGUCAUAUUGACUGUUCUAUUUUAUCAUUCGCUGAUGAUACAAAAUUGUUUUCUAUUAUUAGAUCAGUGGAGGAUUGUCAUCGACUCCAGUUAAAUAUUCACAAAUUUUAUAACUGGUGUUCUUCGAAUGGUUUCAUGUUAAAUGUAGAAAAAUGUAAGGUCAUGAGAUUCUAUAGAACAAAUAAUUUCAUUAAUUUUAGCUAUAGGGUGAAUAAUUUUAUAUUAGAUAGUGUCGAUGAAAUAAAGGAUUUGGGGAUAAUUCUUGAUAACAGGCUUACUUUUAAUCCUCAUAUCGACCAUGUAAUUUCAAAGGCUUUUUCUAUGCUGGGUUUUAUCAAGAGGCAGUCUGCACAUUUUUCUGAUCCCUAUACAUUUAAAAGCUUAUUUGUCUCAUCCCGGCGGAUUGGGAAAUAUCCGCAGCAAGCUAUGCUGUUGGAAGAGUGCACUAAAAACCAAAGAGAAAUCCAGACGCGACGGCCUCACAAUGAGCGGCUCUCUGGUUUGCGAGUGAUCCCUAAGGGACGACUGAAAUUAUAUGUGCUGCCUUGCACAAGGGGGGACUAUUCUCAAAGACUAGGAGAAGAAAACUCCGAAAUAAAACAAACAAAUGUAAUGAACAAAACACAAGGAUUGAAUACCCUAGGUGGUAAUCCAGUAAUGGCUGGAAAUCCACACUCGUCGGAGGAUGGUCUAAUGGAUUCCUGGGGAAGACCACUUAUUGCAUAG